AUGUUACAACCAACUAUUCUAUACAGUUCGGAAACAUGGCCAACUUUAAAAUCAGACGAGAGAAGUCUACAAACUAUGGAGAUGAGAAUGCUGAGGAUGAUUGCUAAGGUAACAAGAAAGAAUAAGGUACGAAGUACAAGAAUACUAGGAAGUUUAGAGGGAGUGACCAUUAAGACCAAGAUAUUGGUAAACAGACUUAGGGGGUAUGGACACACAAUGAGAAGGCCUAUGAAUUACAUAGGAAAUAAGGUUGAGAAUUUAGAAGUAAAAGGCAAACAUAAAAGAGGAAGGCCAAAACUUCAAUGGGGCCAUAAAGUUAGAGCCAAUAUAAAGAAGUAUAAAUUAGAUAAAAGAGAUACUAUGAAUAACAUAAAGUGGAGAGAGAUAUUGAAGGAGCUUACCACCAGAAAAGGUUAA